CUCCAUGAUCUCCUUCCCUUCUUUCCUUUAGUCCGGUCGCUAUAUAUAUAUGCUUCUGCCUCAUCUUGUGCAGCAGCGCUCGGAGCUCAGAUGAAGUGAGAUCGAAAUGGCGUCCUUGUUAAAAAGAAGCCUACUGCGAUCUCCUCGCAUCGCAACAGCUCUCACCCCCGCACUCCGCCGCAGCUACGCAAAGACACCAAGUCUAUGGCAGGAAAAGAAGGAGGAACCCGAGAUCUCAGCAGAGCAUGGACGGUCCCCUGCUCCAGUGAAUCCUUCCGUUCUCAUUUCAGAAUCUGAGUUCGACCCAGACGACCACCAAGGCGCCGCCCCCGAAGUUACUCACCCUGAACGUGACCGCACCACCGCCAAUGAAGAAGGUCGGCCGUCAGUCAGACCCUUGCGGAUCCCUAUCCAAAUCGAAGGUAAAUGGGUGGACGACAUCCAGGCGACACAGGAUGCUCUUCUGAUCAAGCAACCUGGACGGAGGGAGUUCUCGGUACUCUAUCACACGCUGCGCGAUGCAUGCAAAUGCUCGCAGUGCGUCGACCCGUCUACCAAGCAACGCAAUUUCCGCACCACCGACAUACCCCUUGACAUCCAGCCGCGGUCUAUCGAGAUCAAUCACAAGAGAAUGGUGGUAAAUUGGGACCGGGGAAUGGCAAAGGGCGAGAAGAUACACAGAUCCCAGUACGACAUCGAUCAUAUCAAACACGGUGUCUUCGCGCCCCUCCUGGAGGUUGCUAGCAGCAAGAGACGGUGGCGAAAGAUUUGGAACCGUGCGACGAUCGAAGAACAUGUGUACUGGGUCGAUUACGAGGAUUUCAUGCAGGAAAGUGAAGAAUUCGCCUUGGCCCUGCGGAGCCUGGCCGAAACGGGACUCAUCUUUGUCAAGAACAUCCCGGACUCGCGCGCCGAGGUCGAGAAGAUCGCGACGCGGCUCGGUCCCCUCCGCAACACGUUCUACGGCCCGACCUGGGAUGUGCGCAACAAGCCCAAUGCCGAGAAUGUCGCCUACACGAACCAGUUCCUGAACUUCCACAUGGACCUGAUGUACAUGAACGAGCCCCCGGGGUUCCAGCUGCUGCACUGCCUGCGGAACUCGUGCGACGGCGGCGAGUCACUCUUCGCCGACACCUUCCACGUGGCGCGGUCCAUGUACCAUGACCGGCGGCCGUACUGGAAGGCCCUGACGCGGCUGGACCUGACCUACGAGUACAACCACGCGGACCACUUCUACACCAACACCUGGCCGGUGUUCGAGCAGGAGUUCCCGCUGCCGCGGGAGGGCCUCCGGCGGCGGCUGACCCGCGUCAACUACUCGCCGCCCUUCCAGGCGAGCAUCACGGACCGCUACCCGGACCACGGCGAGUACGCUCUGGCCGUGAAGGCGCUGGCGUACUUCGCGGCCAAGCUGGAGGACCCCAAGAAUGUCUUCGAGCUGAAACUCGAGCCGGGCCAAUGCGUCAUCUUCGAGAACCGGCGCGUCGUGCACGCCCGCCGCGCCUUCAACACCGCCCAGGGCGAUCGCUGGCUGGCCGGUGCGUACGUCGACGAGGAUGCCGUGCUCUCCCGCGUCCGCACCGUGAUUCGCAACCGGGCCUUUAGAAAUAUCUGGAAUGAGCGCGACUACAGCCCUAUGUUUCCCAGGAUGCCAAAUCAAGCCCGUCGGAACAAGGAUCCUGAAAAUUGGAUGGCAAACGUUUGGCGAGCGGAAGACGAGUCGGAGUCGUAGGUUUUAUAUUCCUUCAUCGUGCCAUACUUGAAUAUGCAUGUGUCUCGCCCUGCAUGGCUAGAUGCCCGAAUAAAGCGGAUUGCUUGACUUGCAAAUUUUCAUCUGUCCCUCAUAAACAAUAUAUCGCAUGACUUCUACGA